AUGAGCCUUUAUAAUAAUCUAAAAGAAUUGAUAAAAAAUACCGUAGAGUUUAAGUAUGAUUCAUUUGAAAACAUAGGAUCCAUUCCGUCAUCAAGUAACAUUCGAAAAGCUUACUUGAGAGGACCCGAUAAAAACGUUGUGAUCAAAUACCUAAGGCAAAACAAGUAUAGAAACGAGGAAGAAUACUAUGAAUAUUUUAUAAGAGAGGCUCAAAAUGCCUAG